UACAUCCUGGUCGUUUGACAACAUUCACCGUAUUUUCUUACCGAAAACAUGUAAAAUUUAUCAACGCGGUGAGGCUCGUAUCUAUUCUGACGCAGACUAAUUGUGGCCCGUGUACACUGUUUAUUGGAGACAUUAAGGUCAGCAGAAGAAAAAAAAAGAAACGGCUAAUUUGCUGAUGGACGUAUUAUUGUGCGUUUUCGUUGUGCCGUCGUAUCGCUAUCUCGCUUCGUCGUUGGAAAUGAGUAUGGACAUGUAGCUAAUGUGGACUUCUCUGUAAAAUAUCGUCGACUUUUUCCUGUUAACUAGUGUGUUGUGUGCUCCGAAAGGGAACUGGGGUCGCACACCCUGCAGGCCUUACUGUGUGUCUGUUUUCUACUUUGAAACACACCAUUAGCAGGGUUUUUUUUUGGAUUAACAGUCGCAGUUUGCUAACAGGUCAAAGUAACGCAACGAUAAGAGUUUACGCCCACGUAACGUUACAAUGAGUUUCUUUAGUUUCGGACAAAGUGCAGAAAUUGAUGUGGUCCUGAAUGACGCUGAAACGAGGAAGAAGGCUGAACACAAGACUGAGGAUGGAAAGAAAGAUAAAUAUUUUCUUUUCUACGAUGGUGAGACUGUCAGUGGGAAGGUGAAUGUCACACUGAAGAAUCCCGGGAAGAGGCUGGAGCAUCAAGGGAUCAAAAUUGAAUUUGUCGGCCAAAUAGAGCUGUAUUACGACAGAGGAAACCAUCAUGAGUUCGUGUCCCUGGUGAAAGAUCUCGCUAGGCCGGGUGAAAUAACUCAGUCGCAGACCUUCGACUUUGAGUUCACUCAUGUUGAAAAACCUUACGAGUCCUACACAGGCCAGAAUGUCAAGCUAAGAUAUUUUCUUCGUGCCACAGUGAUCAGAAGACUAAAUGACAUCAGUAAAGAGAUGGACAUUGUGGUCCACACACUGAGCACCUACCCUGAACUCAACUCCUCCAUUAAAAUGGAAGUUGGAAUUGAGGAUUGUCUCCACAUUGAGUUUGAGUACAACAAAUCCAAGUACCAUCUGAAAGAUGUGAUUGUGGGGAAAAUCUAUUUCUUGCUGGUGAGGAUUAAGAUUAAGCACAUGGAGAUUGACAUCAUCAAGCGUGAGACAACGGGCACUGGCCCAAGUGUGUACCAUGAAAAUGACACUAUCGCCAAGUACGAGAUCAUGGACGGAGCUCCGGUCAGGGGAGAGUCCAUUCCCAUCCGGUUAUUUUUGGCUGGCUAUGAUCUGACUCCCACCAUGCGAGACAUCAACAAGAAGUUCUCCGUGCGCUACUACCUGAACCUGGUGCUGAUCGAUGAGGAGGAGAGACGCUACUUCAAACAACAGGAAAUCACACUGUGGAGGAAAGGGGACGUGGUGAGGAAGAGCAUGUCUCAUCAGGCCGCCAUCGCCUCUCAGAGGUUUGAGGGCUCGGCAGCUUCAGAGAGCGCACUGGAGCAAGCUGCGAAGGAGGAGAGUGGGUAGUUCGUGGCCCCUCCAGUCCCCUCUUUCGAGACUCAUCAGUGUCUGCGUUAGAGUGUCGGAGGUACCUGUCAACUGUACAACAUCUGGUGAAGCAGCUGUUUUUAUUUGUAGCCGCUGCUGGGAGGAAGAAGGGAGACCAACGUACAUUCAGUAUGUGAACAAUGAAACAGUUUGCAUGAGGCAUUCAAAGUGGCUUCAGGCUGCUGGUCUUGUCCUUCCUCAUUAAUGCGUUUUUGUUUUUCCUUUUCUUUUCUUUAUGGGAAUCAAACUAAAUCACCUGUCGCGAUGUCCGCCGUGUAAAAUUCUGUCGUGUGAAUUUUUCCGCCUUCUGUUGGUUACACGCUAAUGCUUUCAUCAGGAUAAAUUGAUUUCUAAUCUCUCUUAUUAACGCAGCUAAAUUGUCAUGAAUUUUCAACAAAAUGUUAUCUCCAACAUUCCACCUUAAAUGAACGCAUUCCUAACACUGUUAUAAGGUCAAGAAAUCUGAGAUAACUUUGCACUGCUAUAUCUUGCUGAGCACAUUUUUCUCUUUGUGUUUUUGUGUUUGCACAAAAAAGUGGAAACUGGAAUCUUUUUCCUUUUUUUGAGUUAGAGGGCUUUAGUAUUAUCCUUUUUUUUCUGUAAAAUGACCUUUCAUGUUCAUAUGCUUUACCUCAGCAUUCCAGUAUUGAUAGGAAAGGGUGAUGUAUUAAGGUCUGCUAGUAUGAAGUCUUCUGUAUCCUCUUUGUUAGAGACUUGAAAGUUGUGCCUAAGUGUAUCAAGCAAAUGAAUUCCUCCUGCCUCUAACAUGAUUUUAGUCUUUUAACCAGAGAAAAGUUACAUUAGAACUAUCUAUCUUUUGCAAAAUGCUAAUCAACUCUUCCCUGUCCCCAAAAGUCAAAUAAAUUGAUGCCAAAUGGAAAAGAAAAACCUCAGACUUUGGUUUUGUUCUAGAAAUGAGUGAACGCAUUUGUGACAGAUGUGAUAUACCCGAACAGACGGGGUGGACAAAAUAAGGACAACACCACAGGAAGAUGUCAAAAUGGCUACAUCUCACUAACACUGCUACACACAGUGCAUGGGCACGUUGUCAUGCAGGGCCAUUUAACACGAUGUGACAGCUUUGAGCAGGUAGUCUGCAUUUCUUCUGACUUUUCAACUACAUCUGGAUCCUGAAUUGCUCAUUCAU